UCACCCAAGCCACACCGGUGGUUCGUAUGCGGGUGGUGUCCCGCUGCAUCUAUUCUGCCUGGGGGGCGGUUGUCUCGGUCUCCCAUCGCCAUCAUCCAUCCGCAAUGACCGACAAGCAAGAUAGCGCCGCCGCGGCCUCGACUGCCCUCGUCCCCAAGCACCUCUCCGAGAUCUCCUUCACCACGGUGCUCGGCGGCUGCUCUGGCUACGCAGCUAAAAAGCUUGCCAAAGGCGCUGGCGUCGCCGUUGGAGUCACCUUCAUAGCCUUCCAGUCGCUGGUGCAGCUCGAUCUCAUCCAGGUCAACUGGCCCCGCAUCGAAUCCAUGUUCGUCCGUGCAGUGGAUCAGGACGGCGACGGAAAGCUUACCCAGCACGAUCUCGAGGUUGCCGGAAAUCGCCUGACCCAGACCCUCUCCAAGGACUUGCCCAAGGGCGUGGGCUUCAUUGCUGCCUUUUGGCUGGGCUUCCGAUACGGCUGAGCGUGUCCGCCAAACCAUUCGUCGCCGGGCCAUUGCUUGCAGCGGCACAUUGUUUCCAGCGCUGCCGGUCUCCUGUGAUAC